GUUUUGUUAAAAUGGAUGUUAUCAGAUGUACGAGAUGCCUGUUUUAUCGGUUGGAUAGCCGCGCAUUACUGCACUUCACGUUAGUUCUAGUCUCAGCUUUUUGUCCCUCAAACUUGUAACGGCUAAAAUGAGCAUUUCGCGGGUAACUUCAGAUUAGUUAUUAUUAGCGCAGAUUUAAAACCAAUCACAACUUACUCGACUCCGCGGGAGAAAAAUAAUUAUAUAAUCGGAUUUUAUCGCCCAUUUUUCAUCAUUUCUUGUGCGGGUUUGAAUUCAAGGGAGAAAUUAUAGAUUUUGAAGCUUAUAUAAUGAAGAGAGCAGCGGAGAAGGAAAGAUCAGAGAUUCGGGGACCAAAACGUUGUAGGUUCGCCGAAGGUUAUGAAGAGAUGCCUUUGCCAACAGAGAUAGACGCACAAUCAUAUCUGAUUUCAGUAAAAGAGCAUUUCAAAGAUGAUAUGGGAAAAUUCGCAGAGUUUAUUCAAAUCCUCGAUGAUUUUAGGUCAAAGACAUGUGAUGCGAUCAAGGUUAUUGCCAGAUUGAAACAGCUCGUUAAGAGCCAUGAACUUCUUUUAGGUUUCAAUAAAUUUCUCCCAAAAGGCUUCGAAAUCUUGCUCCCUUCCGAAGAUUUUCUACGAGACGGACACAAGGAUCAACAUCACAAAUCAAGGGCUAUGUUGGGUAGCAAUGCUUUGCCAGCUUCAAACAAUGAGAAAAUCACAUACAAACCCAAAUCAGAGAUGGACCUUUCUCAUUUGGAACAGUGUACUCCUAGAUACCGUUUGAUACCACAGAAUUUCCUGAAACCCGUUGCCAGCUGUUCAACUGAUCUUGACGCAGAGGUAUUGAAUGAUAUUUGUGUAUCAGUAGCAUCUGGUACAGAGGAUUACCGAAGAAAAAGGCAAUUUAACACUUAUGAGCAGGCUAUUCUCAAUUGUGAGGAUGACAGAUUUGAGUUGGACAUGCUCAUAAAAAAUUUAGAAGCUGCAAUUGAGCGUGUACAUGAGUUACUGGAAAAGCAACAUGCUCAUUUCAGAAUUGAAGACCACCUGACAGCUAUGAAUUUAAGGUGCAUUGAGCUCAUUUAUGGAAAUUGCGGGCUUCGUAUAAUAGAUCUGCUGCUUGAAAAGCCAGAUCGCUGUUUACCAGUAAUUGUAAAACGUCUUCAACAGAAGCACGACGAAUGGGUCGAUUGUCGGACCAGAUUCAACAAAGGCUGGGCAGAUGUUUAUACAAAGUACUAUCAGAGAUCUCUUGACCACCAUAGCUCCCGCUUUAACCAAAGAGAUGCAAAAUGUUUGAGCCACUUGGAAAAUAUUAUGGAGGAUUGUUGUAUAUAAUAUUAAUUUCUGACUUGUGAAAACAAGAUUGAGGUUUUACUCAAUCGCUAUGUGCUUCUUGUUGGAAUAUUUAAUCUCUCAUUUGGC